AUGAAUACUUCCUCAGCUUCAGAAAGUGGAUCAUAUUCCACAAACCACCCAAGACCCUUUUUUUAUGCGCAGCCAUCAGCUCAACAGCCUUAUCCAAAUCCAUGGUACCUCAGUCAUGCGUACAGCCCAUACUGUGUACCUGCUCCAGGCUUCCGAAGUGGAAAUCCGUAUUUUCCAUUUUAUUCUGUUGCGCUCCAUGAGUACCCUGGAUUUUUUGUUCCACAGCAUCCAGUGCAUGCAAGAAUUAACAGAAGGCCUUAUUUUAAUGCUGCCCCACCUUCCCCUAUGUUUUAUCAUGCAACAAGAUUUAGACAUUAUAAUAGCCCUGGGAAGAAAAUGGAGACAAAAGAAACACAGACUGAUCCUAGACAGCCUGAAAGCAAGCAAAAAAAGCAUCAAGAUAUCCGUACAGAAACGAAAGGUUGUGAUGCAGGAAAUAUAGGCUGUGUUUCUCCUGGUAUAGGUACAGAGGCUGAAAGUACUUCAGAGAAGCAAGAUUCAUUUGGGUCUUCUGUUGUGGUAGACAGAGAGUUUCAUAAUAAGAACCCUGCCAGCUCUGCACAGUAUAGAAGUCUUCCUACAGGAAGCUAUGCCUUUGAGAAGGAAGAAGUGAGGAUUGAAUAUGGAAAUGGCUCUCCAGCUAUUCAGCUGUGGAAGUCCUUUAAAGAAACAAUCCCGUUGUAUGAUGUGGCAAGUGGUAAACCAGUUCCAGAGAACAUAGUGCCACAUGACUUAUUUUCUGUUAGCUCAUGUGAAGGCAUGAUAUAUGGCCCUCGUGAAGGGGAGAAUAUGCUGCCAGGAGCUUCCUUAGAUGAGAGAAAAGCUGUUGUCACCUCCAAAGUGAGUGCUGAAACUGUGCAAGAGAAAGAUGUCCAAAAUACCGAAGUGAAGCUGGAUGCAGAAAAGUUGGCAAAAUCCUCCCCAGGUGAAACCAUGGCACUGCAAAUCACAGAGUUGGCAAGAUCUGUUGGUGUAGAUCAACCAGUGGUAAUAACUAAGAAAUCUAGCACUAAAAGGUCUGCAGGAUCAAAAACUUCUCAAGAAGACCCCAGCUUUGUUCAACAAGCAGGACUACUUCCAUCUAAUGUGGAGGUAAUGAGUGACUUUCAGCAGAAAAAGCUGAAUUUAAGCCACAGUGCAACCAAUGAAAGUCAGACAGAAAAAGGUAUUUGGUGUGACAAAUCAAUUGAGAAGUGUGCUCCCUCUAGCAGCUGGCUGGCUUGUUUGGACAGUAUGGACACAAAUUAUGAUGUUUGUUUGCCACAAAGGAAGCAUCAAAGUGUGAUCAGUCUGUCUUCUGAUGACAUGUCCUCUAGAGAGGAAGGCUCAUCAAUUGAUAAUGCUCCAGUGUCUUAUUUUGUGCCUGACUAUGUGCUUCAGAAAAGCAUGUAUACCUUUCAGAAAAGUACAGAGGGCUUAGAGAAAGAGAGAGAGCAAAUUAAAAGUGGUGGGUCCCUUAAUGUAGAUGAAGUGGCAGGAAAGGAGCAAGUGAACAGCUUGAAUGACCAAGAUGUCAACUCUUCAAACACAAAGAUCAAAGAGGCUUCCAGUAAAGGUAAAAAGCUGGGAGCUGUUUCUAGGUCCUCUAGUAGGAAAGAAACUGAUUCUCUCAACAAAAAAGCAACUAAGAAUUUGUCAGAAAUUGAGGACUCUGAAGAAUAUUCUGUGAUGGGAGAAGAGGAAGAUGAAGAUGGAGAGGAUGAGUAUGAGGAGGAAGAGGAUGAUGACAUGGAUGAAAUUGAGUAUUUCUUUCAAGAAGCCCCUCCAUAUGGCAUCUUGAGGCCAAAUAAAGGAAAUUUCUACCAAGUUGGUGAGAGCGUGCUUUGGAAACCACCUAAAAAUGCUGUACCAGCACAAUUAAUUAGCUGGCCGGCUCAAGAGAAAAUAAGAACUAGGAGUGGGUUUGUUGAAAACAUUGGUGUAGUUUACAAGCCAAAGAAGAGAGAACAAGAUGAAGUUGUAUACAGUGACUAUGGGUACUAUGGAAGAAAGAGGCCUAUGACAAGAAGAGAAGGACUUGAACACCAGCGAAUGCUACGGAAAUUCUUGGGAGGAAGGCUGUUAAGGGAGAACAUGGGGAUUCCACCCGAAGAGUACUGGAUUAGAAGUGGUGCUAAACCCAGAUUUACCAGCCAAAUACAUGGUAGUUUCUCACCUCCAGCAAAGAGUAAAGAACAAGUGUGCCCACCUUUGAUUAAACCAAAGAAGAAAAGAAUGGGCAAGCCACCUUCAAAACGCAGAGACAUGAGACAUGAGGUGGAAGAAGUCGAAAUGUGGGAGCUGCCUAAACACAGUGUACACAAAGGGCAUGGAACAAGGAAGUCCCUGUCUAAGAAAAGAUAAUUGCAAAUAUUGAGGAAGAAAGGGUUGGGGUGGGAAAUACAAAGAUUUGUUUUGUAUAAAACCAUGAUUUGAUUAUUAUCCUCUUGUGUAUUUUGUAAGUUGCUGUUCACUCUAAAAGGGUAAGAAGUGACACUGAAAAGACUGAGGACACAAUUAAAAUGGAAUGAAGUAUUUAACACCAAAGCCACCUUUUUAUAACUAGCACAUCCACUAUUUAAAUAAUAAUAAAUUUCAUAGAAUUGCACUUUGAGACUUCUUGUGUUCCAUCUUUACUUAGCAGCAAAAAAACUUGAGAAGGCCAUAUAUGUGCACAAGUAUUAUAGCACAACAGUUAUUGCUGCCCUGUUCUUAAACUGUAGGAUUGUGAAGCCUGUCCACGUCAUCUCAUAGUCAUAUGAUGUGGAUGUAAGUACAAGAUUCUUUUCUAUAAGCUGGAUUUCUUUUUGUCAAAAUGUAAAGAAAUAUAGUUACAGCUGUAAAAAGUCACAUGCUGUUUAAAAAUUUCAAGGCAGUUCCUCAGAUCUUAUUCUUAUGAUUGAGGACUAAAACUAAAGCAUUGAGUUGAUGUGAUGCUUCCCUCUCCUCCCCUUUUUCUCUGGAGAUUUUUGAGUCCUUUAUGGAGACCCUGAGCUGCAGAGAUGGAUCUGAAAGGUAAAACAGAAAUUUUUAGUGGCAUGCCCUGUUUUCUGACUUCUUACUGAUGACUUCAAUGACUUACAGUUGAUACUGUCCCUGGAAGUCUCUUUAUAGAGCUAAGAUGAUAAAACUAGGUCUGUGUUGAGCUUUUUUUAUUAAUAAUGGUAACAGACUGAUCUAGAUGAGGUGGAUAGCUCAAAAAUAUUUAAUUUUUUUCCCAUGACUAUGAAGGCUGUUAUCACUGUGUGAGAAGAAUAAAUAUGAUAUUGCCAGUAUUAAAGGAUUCCCAAAUAAAGUGAAGAAGAUGGGGAAACAAAAAAAACCCCACCAAAUGAUCAUCUGGUUUUCCUUAGAAAGGGUGAGGUGAAUGGACAGACAGAACUUGUCUUUUGCUUCCUCUCCCAUGUUCUUUUUCUGUCUGUGUCGUAGAGUAAUCUACAUGGAUAAAAGUAGUAUUUCCAGUGACUGUGUUCAGGUUUUGUGCCUACCUUAUUACUAGUUGGACCUGCAAAUGAAGUUAUGCUGUUUUCACUCUUAGUGAGGAGUACUGAUGUUUCCCUACCCAACUGAUCCUUUAUCUACUUUUUUUAAUACCACAAACUUAAUUGUUACAGCUCUGCUAUAGCCUUUACCACAAGCUGUUAGGGGAAAGAAGACAUUCUAAUGACAAGUUUUCAAUUAAUUUUUACUUCAAUAAAUGAAAGAAAAUAAAUGCAAUAAAAAUCCUUAUUUGGCUUCUGUGCUGCUCAGAAUCUCUGCAUCAUAACCUCAAGUAACAAAUGAGGAAUUCUAGCAUGGAGUUUUUUGACACCCAUUUCUGCUGAUAGCCUUAGCUGUAUCUUUUGUUGUUUAUCUGAUAAAGGAAUAUUCAUAAUCUCACAACUGGAUGGCAUUCUUAGUUUUGGAAAGGGGUAAUACUUGCCGGGUACUCCAAAUGAUCAUGCUGGUCAUCCUUUUACAGAUCUUGUACUACUCAGUGUGAUUUCUACUCAGAUGCAAGAAGCAAUUCAGGGCCUGGUGAAUGCUCCUGAGAGAACAUGAGGGAGUAGCAGUAGACAAGUUUACACUGUUCUUUGUCUCAAAACAAAUGCUAUUUUAAACUGGUUAUAUCUUGUCCUAUUCCCAUGCUGUGCCCAAUACUUAAAGUAGUAUGCAUGAAUGCUCCAGUGUUUGAGAAAUAAUUCUUUGAUAAGGUUACAUGCAGUGUAUUCUAAUCUAACAGUACUAGUCCUGUGACCUUAAAACUAAAUCUUCUACUUGGCUUUUUUUCCAUUCAGCAGCAUGGACAAUUUGUGGAUUGCAUCUUAAUUGGUUUACAGCUGAAUCUAAUGUUCCAGUAGGUAAAACAGCCAUGCUUUACGAAGGCUGUGUAUUCAAGCCCGGGCUCUUUUUAUUCAGCCAGGUAACUAGGCACAGGGAUACUUAGUUUUGCAGAUGCACAUACGUGUCAGCUUCUGUUCCUACUGCAGCCAGACUGACUGCCCAGUGACUCACUGCAGAGCUGGCAGUACUGCAUACUUGUAACUGUCGCAGUACUGCAUUGCCUUGGAAGUUUUCACAUGCUUCCUGCAGCAUCUCCUGAAAGGCAGCUGAAGAAUCUAUUUGCUGCUUGGCACACCGGCAACAAACCUUAGAGGCCUCUGGGAUUGCCAUACUGAGAGCAUUGUUUGGACAGACUUACUGUCUGUGGCUCAGUAUUUCUAAAUCAUUAUUUGUAGCUAACUGAAACCUCUGUUGCAAAGUGGGUGUGGUGUAAUUACUGCUGUGGAGCUGUGGCUUCUCUUGGCUUGCCAGGUAUUAACUCUGUAUUUUCAGUUUGGUAGCACCUGGAUGGCAUAAUUUUUUUUUUUGCCUUUCACAGUGUCUAGUGUUCUGCCUAUAACUGGAAAAUAUUAACUACAGGUCUUUUUAUUAAAAUCAAACAAAGGAAGAUCAGAGCUAAUGGCAAGAAAAAGACCCAAAUCCCAAAAGCCUGUAACACUCAUGGCAUGCUAACUGAAGGCAUACCAAGGAAAAACAAAUUGAUCCUUUUUUUAGAGUCCUUAGCUUCCCCUGACUUGCUGCCACUGACUCACUCAAAAAGACUAUAAACCCCAACUAAUUGAAUGGCCAAAGAAAUAAAGAAAUAUUACCUGAAAUAGCUUUUUGACAAAAAUGGUGCAGAGCAUAAAGAUAAAAGACUUGGGAUGCCUUUGAGGUUUGUUUUAGCUGCAUUUUACACUUGCUUAGUUUCAUGGGACUAUAUAAUUAUGUUACUAUCACUUGGGUUUCAACAGAAUGUUCAAAUGGAAAUACAUGUCUACAAAGAAGGCCAGAAAAGUGUUUUUUGAACAAAAACAUUAAAUGGCUAUGAUUUUAAAAAAUAAGGCUAGUCAGCUUCUCAAGACUGUAACUUUCUAUCCUGGUUUCUGCAUUUGCUUCCAUACAGAAUUGCUUUUCAUUAAUCUAAAGGAAUGUUGGUAUUUAUCUCUAGUCUACAUAUUUUUAAAAGACUCAUCUUAAAUGACAGCUUUGGCACGUUUGAAAAUGCCAAAUGAUAACGUGAAUCAUGCUUCUCAGCACUCUAGCCCUGGCUGUUAAAAACACUCUUAUAAAUCUUAGUCUAUUGAAACUGUUAAAUUUUGAAAUGCUACUUUUAUGAGUUGUAGUGAAGACCUACAUGGGAUAGGACAGAGGCUUAUGAAACUGGAAAUUACAUAGGGAGAACAAACAGGAAUCAGUUAUUCACAUACCUUCCAGUGUAAGAUUAAAGGUGUGUGAAAUUCAACUGAUAAGAAGCAGUGUUAAAGCCAAGUGCUCCAGAUUAAUUAAUAAAUAAUGAAUUAAUUGCUGAGGGAAAUGGCAAGGUUUAUAAGCAGUGAGUGGAUACAAAAGAAAAAAUAUAUCCAAGGCUACUAAAUACUAAAAUCUAACCCAUGAUUUUAAGUACCUGCACUAUAGGUAUUCUCAGCAGUAGAGGUUGAGAGAGCAUUUCAGUGAAGUAACAGAAAUAAUAGCAGUUUGUAUGCUCUGCUGUGGAGGCAUCUUCUAUUAACCAUGAUUGGAAAGAUGUCAGGCACAGAAAAGUGGUUUGGUAUCUCAAACAUUUAAAUUAGAUUCGAUACAAGUUAGAAAUGGUCUCCUAACUUGUUUUUUUCUUAACUGUUGAAAUAAUAAACCCUGAUAGAGUUCCAUUAACAAGCAGGGGAUUGCACAUGAGACACUAAAUUUGUAUUUAUUAAAUUAAAUUUCAGAACAUCUUAAAUGACAAAAGCUAAAGUAACUGAAGAGAUCUUCAGUUAGCCCUGCUCUAGAUCAGCCUGAGUAAGAGUUCUCUUGGAAUGCAUCAGGUGAAUAUCAGUCUUCUAGCAUCUGUUCAACAACCUGUAAAUGCAUUAACCUCAGCACCAAGUAUGGCAAUACAGGAAUUCUAGAAUGGUUGGGGUUGGAAGGGGCGGUAAAGAUCAUCUAGUUUCAAACCCCUCACACAUACAGGACCGCCUCCCACUAGACCAGGCUUCUCAGAGCCCUGUCCAAUCUGGCCAAGAGAAUCAGUUCAUCAUACAUCUCCCCAUGCUAUUUCAGCUGUUAAAUCUUUCUGGUGAAAGAGCAAGGGCCUUAGAGUUUGAUGAUCCUGCUGAUAUAGGGAACCACCACAAGUAAAUCCCAUCAGAGGGAGAUUUGCUAAAUAUAAGCAGAAUUACAGCUCUACCUUCAAGCUCUGAGAAUAUACUUUUCAUAAGUAGGUCUUGCUUGUCUUUUAUCUUGUUUUUCCUCAGAACAUACUGUGAAUGACUGGCAAGGAAGGGGGUUUACUUUUACUAAGUCAUUCUUAGUCAUGUAGGAGAGAGAAAAAUAAUUUUAAUUUAUACUUUCCCUUGUUCUCUCUUCCAAAGCUUUGAAGAAAAUAAAAUAUUUUAGAAGCAGUUUAGUCUAUGGUUCCUGGAUUCCACUGGUAAUGUUCACUCUACUGCAUCAGAGCUUUAUUGUGAGGGUUUUUUUUUAAUCCUAGCAUACCCACAGAGCCUAAAUUCUAUAGAAGUUCUUUCAAGGCAAAUCUAGUUUUUUCUUUCCUUUUGCACAGUACCGGUAUCCAUCAUCUACUUCCUCAAGUCACAGCUCUGUACUAAUGUACCUUGAGGUUUCAAAGAGUUGGUUACUGUAAUGUUGUUUAGAGCUAUCUCCAUCUCCCUGGUUGAGUCUGCAAGAUUAUUUAAAAGAAAAGCGUGGUCAGUAUGUAAGGUCAACUAAGUACACAGACCUUUCUCUACUUCCUGCUUACAAGUUCUUUACUAUUGCUCUGUGGCUUCAUGCAUAUAGUUGAAAACUAUUUUGAGAGCCUUAC